AUGGCUUCUGACGCGCAAAACCCGGCGCCUUCUGGCACCUCAGAGCCCCAGCCUUCCAAAGGUCGGCCACUUGAGGGUGCCGCAGAUGAAGUGAACAGCAACCCCGAGGGGCCAUCGUCUAAGAGAGUAAAGCUGGAUGAAGCGCCUUCAGUCACAGCUGCUCCUAAACCUGAAAAUGGCCAGGAACGAAGAAAGGGAUUGGCGCCAAUAAAAGCAGAGUACAUCCAUCCCCGCACUUCGUCGCAAGCUGUUCAGUUUCAGGACUCUGACGCGCGCGCCAACGAUCGUCAAGGGCGUGAUGACGACGAAGCUGAAGCUGCCGGCUACAACGACCGCGAAGGUGAUGGCAAAAAGGGCAAAAACAAACGCCGUGAAAAGAAUAAGGGCAAAAAUACGAAUCGCCGCUUCCAAAGGUCCCAUGAUGAAAGAGGUUUAUGUGGGACGGUUAAUCACAAUCCUGAGUUCUCGCCGAAACCGUGUCAGUACGGUGAUAACUGCAAAUUUGAACACGAUCUUCGGAAAUACCUGAAGGAGCACAAAAAGGAGGACCUGAAAAACUUUGGAGGAAUUUGCCCGGUCUGGGAAGCCUUUGGUGUUUGUUCUGCAGGCUGGAGAUGUCGAUUUGUCGGCUCGCAUAUGACUGAGCGGGAGCUUGAGGAUGGACGGAAAGAGUUGGUCCUGGUCGAAGAUGAAGAGAAGAAAAAGAAAGCUUCCUCAGGCUUGUCUGCCCCGUCAUCGAUUAAUGCCGCUGAAUUGGGUGUCGUGAAUCUAGUAUCGACAGAGAAUAAGCAGUUGAUGACCCGGAAGAAGUUCCCUACACCAAAGGCGGACAAGUUCAACGACUGGAUCAACAUAACGUCCAAGGAGCUGGAAGAGCGUUUUCAUGGACGGAAUUUUGAGGAGGGCGAAGAUGGCGAAAAGAAGGAGACUAACGGUAAGGCGGAAGAGAAUGGUAAUGGGGAGAGUGCAGCGAAGGAAAGCUCAGAAGAAAAUAAAGCCCGGUAUACGGAGCCGCCUUUCCUCCCAUCAGAGAAGAGAAGGCUCUAUUUUGGACCAGAAACGCCUGUGCUGGCGCCGUUAACUACUCAGGGGAAUUUACCCUUUAGGCGGCUAUGCGUUGAACUUGGUGCCCAGUUUACCUAUUCUGAAAUGGCGAUGAGCGUGCCUCUGAUACAAGGUACCAAAGGCGAAUGGGCAUUGAUGAAAGCUCAUGAGUCCGAGAUCUUACCUCCAACGAUCUCCCCCAAGCAGCCAGUCGUUCAGGGAUAUGAACACUCUCGUGAUAUGAGAUUCGGAGCCCAGAUCGCAGGCAACAGGCCCUGGCAAGCGUUAAAGGCCACGGAGAUUCUUACUGCCCUCUGCCCACAUCUUCGUGUUAUUGAUCUUAACUGCGGCUGUCCCAUAGACCUAGUUUACCGUGACGGAGCUGGCUCUGCCCUUCUCGAGCACCCGUCUAAGCUCGAAAAGAUUCUUCGCGGCAUGAAUUCGGUCUCGGGGGAAGUUCCUAUCACUGCUAAAAUCCGAAUGGGCACCAAGGACAACUAUCCUACUGCCCUGAAACUAGCAGAACGUCUUGUUAUCGGUGGACAUGAAUCUAACGAACUGGGGCAAGGCCCCGCUGGAAUCGGUGCCCUCACCCUACACGGAAGAAGCCGUCAGCAACGGUACAGUCGAGCGGCCGAUUGGGGAUACAUAUCUGAAUGCUCAGCCUUGGUAAAGCGGCUGAAUGAGCAGCGCGAUGAAGUCGCGGAUACCAUACGGGAGCCAGACGAGCGGCUCCAGCCAUCAGCUGGGAAAGUGUUCUUCCUCGGCAACGGCGACUGUUAUUCCCAUGCAGAUUACAACGAUGCAAUCACCAAUUCAGGCGUAGACAGCGUGAUGGUGGCACGAGGCGCGUUGGUCAAACCCUGGAUCUUUGAAGAAAUACAAGCUGGCCAAUACAUGGACAAAUCCUCCUCUGAGCGACUUACUUACAUCGAACGCUUCGUCAAGCACGGUCUUGAGGCAUGGGGAUCCGACGAACACGGCGUUGGAACUACGAGACGAUUCUUACUGGAGUGGCUCAGCUUCACCUGUCGAUAUGUUCCGAUCGGUAUCCUUGAAUAUCUGCCGCCUAGCAUCCAAGACCGGCCGCCCGCUUGGAGAGGCCGGGAUGAGCUUGAGACACUGCUCGCGAGUGACCAUUAUCUUGACUGGAUCAAAAUAUCUGAAAUGUUCCUUGGCCCAGCGGACAAGGACUUCAAAUUCACCCCUAAGCACAAGUCGAACAGUUACGACGUCGUGGCGGAGGGCUAA